CUAAAUAUUGAGAUAAUCAAAGAGAUUGCUGUGAUUUGUGGUUAAGAUUUGUAUGGAUUGAUAGGUCAGUGAAAAUGAGUGACGAAAACGAAAGUUACGAGGAUUUGGUGAAGCGAUUGAAACCACUGAAGAUAAUCGUCAAGAAGAUCAGUACCAAAAAGUUUGCGGAACUAAAGGUGAUAUCAGAUCCGAACCGAAUUAAAGACGAAAAACCCGUCGGAGAUGUCGACGACCGCGAAGAGGAGGAGUUUGAAGUGGUUUUGGCGGAAGUGGAGACCAAACCCGUUGAGCAGAUACCUGAGGAGCAAAGGGUUCAGUUGUCGUGUUUCUUCUGCAAGGAUUCGGUGACCGGUUAUGCGGAAGCGUUCAGUCAUUUACAACUACACAUUGACUACUACCCCAUCCAGUGCUCCAUCUGUGAUGAGGCCAUCACUGACUUGAUCUCAUUCGUCAAACAUUGCCGUAAUCUUCAUAAAGAGUUGGAGACCGCGAAGUACGAGUUCUUUAACGUGAAGGAGUCGUCGCAAGUCGUGAAACCCCUUCAAGUGGUACGACACGUUCACGAGCACCUCCUCUACAGACCCUUUCAAUGCAUGAUUUGUAAGCAAUCCGGUAAAGACUAUCGGAUCCAUGUGUUGGAUGUGACCACAAGGAACCACUUUCUUAGCGAUCAUCCGGAGCUGGCAAAUGACGGCCCAUUCAAUCGCUUCUUUAACAAGAAGUUCACAAUCACUUCAUUAGACAAAUUUAUUGCCAAUUAUUUGACAAUUUUUGGACUCAAAGUCCCGAAAACCAGAAACAGAACACAAAAACCCAAAAAGAAACCAAAAGCAGAGGCAAUACCAGUAGUAGAGAUCAACCCGACCACCGGUUCGCCAACAAUUAAGUUAACUAAUAGUUCAAUAGUUCCGCUCCAGAGUUCAGCUCCAAGUAUUGCCAAUAUUAAGGCAAUGCCUACUGUUAUCAAACAACAAGUAGUAACACUGGACAGCCUUAUGUUUAAUACAUCACAACUGCAACCAGUGCUCAUCAAUGGACAGUUGAAACUGCUAUCAAUAGCUCCUACCGCGGAUCAAAUGCAGAGCCCAUUACUUAUACAGCCGUCGAAUAAUCACAUCAAUGCCUCGCCAUUCCCUGUGGAGGCCACAGACAUCGGCAUCGUUUGCAUCGAUCCCAAAGACAUGGAACUGGAGGACAGACUCUUUAAAUACAUUUGUGUCUUUUGCACGGAUGAUAUGUCCGUCGACUGUCCCGUAGAGUUCGCCGAUAAGACGGAAGCACUCAUUCAUUAUGGCAUUCAUUUCAAGUACGAACCGGUCGUUUGCAUGAUCUUUUCUGGUAAACAAAGUAAUGGAGUUUCUCCUGCUCUCCUAGCUCUUUACCUAAGAGAGAAAGGAGCUGAAAAGACCAAUGCUAAAGGAUUUCAGUUCAAAGACAUUAAAUCCAAGGAUAUUAAGGACCAUAUCUAUGAACACUUGCAUUACUUUCCAUUCCGGUGUUCCAUAUGUUUUCACGGCGGACGAGACGCCCGGUUCAGUGCUCAUAACGCCAGUGCUUCUACUCAUUUGCUUAAAUUCCAUGGCAUCGACAUCUCUGACAAGAUUCUGGCGAAAGAAUCGCUCAAAUUGAUUGUCAAAUGCGAUGAAAUCCUAGAUUUGGAGAAAUUUAUUGACAGCAAAAUGUUUCCUAAACGAGAGAAGUUGUGCGAAAACCCUUUGGUGUUAAUAAGUCUUCUGACGACUCACUACAACAAAGACCACAACGCCUUCAAAGACCAUUUGUUUCAUUACCUCAAAGAGGACGAGAGGAUCGAGAAAUGGAUUCUCUCUUUCCUCGACUUUCAGAGGAAUUUUCAAUUCAAAGGCAAAGUGUCGGCACUUUUCGGAGACUUUUGCUUUGUUUGUGAAAUACUCUUGAAAUUAGAGACCAAUGCUAAAGGAUUUAAGUUCAAAGACAUUAAAUCCAAGGAUAUUAGAGACCAUAUCUAUGAACACUUGCAUUACUUUCCAUUCCGGUGUUCCAUAUGUUUUCACGGCGGAAGAGACGCCCGGUUCAGUGCUCAUAACGCCAGUGCUUCUACUCAUUUGCUUAAAUUCCAUGGCAUCGACAUCUCUGAUAAGAUUCUGGCGAAAGAAUCGCUCAAAUUGAUUGUCAAAUGCGAUGAAAUCCUAGAUUUGGAGAAAUUUAUUGACAGCAAAAUGUUUCCUAAACGAGAGAAGUUGUGCGAAAACCCUUUGGUCAAAAUGUUUCCUAAACGAGAGAAGUUGUGCGAAAACCCUUUGGUGUUAAACAUUAAACGCAAAUUAGAAGAGAUAGAGAUCCAGAACAAGAAGAGUCGUCCGUCGAUCUCGACUCCGCUGCCGUCGGCACAAGUGAUACCUAUCGUUAGGACAGUCGACAGCCAAUACAAGUCGCCUCUCCUUCCCGUUAUUACUUAUAAUAGAAGUCCUCUAAAGAGUCCACUUUUGAAUUCAUUGCUAAGACCUGACUUAUCGCUAGCUUUGCACAACUCAUUGUUAUCUCCGCCUAAGACUAACGGAAUCACGUCAUCCCAUCGAAUGACCCAAAAGAUUGCUCCCGAAGUGAUACCAUCGAAGAAGACGUAUAUCGAGCCGUUCCUCAUGUGCUUUCACUGUCACGAGAAGGUAUUUAACGCCACAGAACUGGAAUCUCAUCACCAGAAAAAGCACCCGAAGCUGACGAUCGCCAGCUAUACGCCCAACAAAGCGGACAUCACUUCACUCGCACGCCGUACGUUAGACCCGAUUCAUAUUCAACGCAAACCUUACAACUAGUUUUGAGUAUUUUUUUAAUAUACUGUACAACAUAUUUUUAAACAUCCU